GGGAAGAGGGGAGGGAUGGCUGGGCGGAGGGGAGCGGGGGGGCCCUCGUCGUCGAUAGUUCCCUUUGGGGAGGCGCUGCUCUCGUCGUCGUCGUCGUGCUGCUCUUCCUCCUCCUCCUCCUCCUCAGCCCUGGAGCCUGCGCGCGAGCUCUUCGAGGCCUGCCGCAACGGAGACGUGGAGCGCGUGAAGAGGCUGGUCAGGCCCGAGAACGUCAACGGCAGGGACACGGCCGGAAGGAAGUCCAGCCCCCUCCACUUCGCCGCAGGUUUUGGUCGGAGGGAUGUAGUGGAAUAUUUACUUCAGAGUGGUGCUAAUGUCCACGCACGAGAUGACGGUGGACUCAUUCCUCUUCAUAAUGCCUGCUCCUUUGGUCAUGCUGAAGUUGUCAAUCUUCUCUUGCGCCAUGGUGCAGAUCCUAAUGCCCGGGACAAUUGGAAUUAUACUCCUCUUCAUGAAGCUGCCAUUAAGGGAAAAAUUGAUGUCUGCAUAGUGCUUUUGCAACAUGGUGCUGAUCCAACUAUCCGUAAUACAGAUGGUAGGACAGCACUAGACUUAGCAGACCCAUCAGCAAAAGCAGUACUUACAGGUGAAUACAAGAAAGAUGAACUCUUAGAAAGUGCCAGGAGCGGAAAUGAAGAAAAAUUAAUGGCCCUGCUCACACCACUAAAUGUCAAUUGUCAUGCAAGUGAUGGCAGAAAGUCAACUCCACUACACUUGGCAGCUGGUUACAAUCGCGUUAAGAUUGUGCAGCUUCUGUUGCAGCAUGGAGCAGAUGUACAUGCAAAGGACAAAGGAGAUCUGGUGCCUCUUCACAAUGCUUGUUCCUAUGGUCAUUAUGAAGUAACAGAACUUUUAGUAAAGCAUGGAGCAUGUGUAAAUGCAAUGGAUCUGUGGCAAUUCACUCCUCUGCAUGAAGCAGCUUCUAAGAAUAGAGUGGAAGUAUGUUCUCUCUUGCUGAGCUAUGGUGCUGAUCCUACAUUAUUGAACUGCCAUAACAAAAGUACAAUUGACUUGGCCCCAACACCUCAGUUAAAAGAACGGUUGGCAUAUGAAUUCAAGGGGCAUUCAUUGCUGCAAGCUGCAAGGGAAUCUGAUGUAGCUCGAGUCAAAAAACAUCUCUCUCUUGAGAUUAUAAACUUCAAACAUCCCCAAACUCAUGAAACUGCCUUGCACUGUGCUGUUGCAUCUCCAUAUCCCAAGAGAAAACAAGUCUGUGAGCUACUUCUGCGUAAAGGAGCCAGUAUCAAUGAGAAGACAAAAGACUUCCUGACACCUCUCCAUGUGGCAUCAGAAAAAGCUCAUAGUGAUGUUAUAGAAGUACUUGUGAAACAUGAAGCAAAGGUCAAUGCUUUGGACAAUCUUGGCCAGACAUCUCUUCAUAGAGCAGCACACUGUGGCCAUCUGCAGACAUGCCGGCUACUGUUGAGCUCUGGCUGUGAUCCAUCAAUUGUGUCACUGCAGGGUUUUACAGCCUCUCAGAUGGGAAAUGAAAGUAUCCAGCAGUUAUUACAAGAAGGUAUUCCUUUGGGCAAUUCAGAAGCAGACCGACAAUUAUUGGAAGCUGCAAAAGCAGGAGAUAUGGACACAGUAAAAAAGUUAUGUACAGUACAAAGUGUGAAUUGCCGAGAUAUUGAAGGGCGUCAGUCCACACCACUUCACUUUGCAGCAGGAUAUAAUAGGGUGUCUGUGGUUGAAUAUCUUCUGCAGCAUGGUGCUGAUGUUCAUGCAAAAGACAAAGGAGGUCUUGUUCCUUUGCAUAAUGCAUGUUCUUAUGGACACUAUGAAGUGGCUGAACUACUUGUUAAACAUGGUGCAGUUGUCAAUGUGGCUGAUUUGUGGAAGUUCACUCCUUUACAUGAAGCUGCGGCAAAAGGAAAAUAUGAAAUUUGCAAGCUCCUUCUACAACAUGGAGCUGAUCCCACAAAGAAAAACAGAGAUGGGAAUACCCCACUUGAUCUUGUUAAAGAUGGCGAUACAGAUAUUCAGGAUCUUCUUAGAGGAGAUGCAGCUUUGCUAGAUGCUGCAAAGAAGGGCUGUUUGGCUCGGGUGAAGAAACUGUGUUCUCCUGAUAAUGUAAAUUGCCGUGAUACACAAGGCCGGCAUUCCACACCAUUACAUUUAGCAGCUGGAUACAAUAAUUUAGAGGUUGCGGAAUACCUGUUACAGCAUGGAGCUGAUGUAAAUGCACAGGACAAGGGGGGUCUCAUUCCUCUACACAAUGCAGCGUCCUAUGGGCACGUAGAUGUAGCAGCUUUACUUAUAAAGUAUAAUGCGUGUGUGAAUGCUACGGACAAAUGGGCUUUCACACCAUUGCAUGAAGCAGCCCAGAAAGGAAGGACACAGCUUUGUGCCUUAUUAUUGGCACAUGGAGCUGAUCCUACUCUGAAAAACCAGGAAGGACAAACGCCAUUAGACCUAGUCACCACUUAUGAAAUGUCUUCUGUGUGCUGCUUGUCUGGGACUCCAAAAGCAGAUGAUGUUAGUGCAUUAUUGACAGCUGCCAUGCCACUUUCUGCCUUGCCAUCUUGUUACAAGCCUCAGGUUAUUAAUGUGUCUCAGAAUACAGGGUCUUCAGCUGAUUCACUUUCAUCUAUUCCAUCCAGUCCCUCUAAUCUGUCAGCUGCCAGUAGCCUUGAUAAUUUAUCUGGUAGCUUUUCUGAACUCUCAGUUGUUAGUGGAAAUGGUGCUGAGGGGGCCACUGGUUUGGAGAAAAAAGAAGUCCCAGGUGUAGAUUUUAGCAUACAUCAGUUUGUGAGAAAUCUUGGACUUGACCAUCUCAUUGACAUAUUUGAGAGAGAGCAGAUCACUUUAGACAUACUUGUUGAGAUGGGGCACAAAGAAUUAAAGGAAAUUGGAAUUAAUGCUUAUGGACAUAGACACAAAAUAAUGAAGGGAGUAGAAAGACUAAUUUCAGGACAGCAAGGUCUUAACACCUAUUUAACUCUGAAUACUUCAGGUAGUGGAACAAUACUUAUAGAUCUCUCUCUGGAUGAUAAAGAAUUUCAGUCUGUAGAAGAAGAGAUGCAGAGUACUGUACGAGAACACAGAGAUGGUGGACAUGCUGGUGGGGUUUUCAACAGAUACAAUAUCUUAAAGAUACAAAAAGUGUGUAACAAAAAGCUCUGGGAAAGAUAUACUCAUAGAAGGAAAGAAGUAUCUGAAGAGAAUCAUAAUCAUGCUAAUGAGAGGAUGCUGUUCCAUGGUUCCCCUUUUGUCAAUGCAAUUAUUCAUAAAGGUUUUGAUGAAAGACAUGCUUACAUAGGUGGGAUGUUUGGAGCUGGUAUUUAUUUUGCUGAAAAUUCUUCCAAAAGCAACCAAUAUGUAUAUGGUAUUGGAGGUGGCACUGGUUGCCCAGUUCACAAAGACCGGUCUUGUUAUGUCUGUCAUAGGCAGUUGCUGUUUUGCCGUGUUACAUUGGGCAAGUCUUUUCUGCAGUUCAGUGCGAUGAAAAUGGCUCAUUCUCCUCCAGGACACCAUUCAGUUACAGGGCGACCUAGUGUAAAUGGACUGGCUUUAGCAGAAUAUGUCAUCUACAGAGGAGAGCAGGCCUACCCAGAAUAUUUGAUUACCUACCAGAUUGUAAAGCCUGAAGCUGCCACAGAAGCUUGAACCCCAGAUGUUCUGCAGAGAUCAAAGUGAAGAGUACUCAGAUUGCUGAAAAAUUGUAUCUUAUCCCCCACAGGCAUUGUGGUAGAAAAAUGUGAAUAAAAUCUAACAUUUUAACUUGAUAAAGCUUUAAUAAAUGUAUAGUAAGUUUUCUAAAAAAACAAAAAACAAAUUCUGAAACUUCCUUUUUCAGCACUUUAACAGAUCUCAUUCCAGGUGACACUGGGUUUGUCUGUACUAAAUUAUAAAACACAUAUUAACUUGAACUAUGUUUUCUAUAUGCUAUACCAGUGAAAUUUAACAACUGUUGCUAUAAGGAACUCAUUUUACUAAUACUGUGUUCUUUAAAAUAUUGCAUUUACACAAAGUACAGUUGCAUUUGUAAAACUGUAAAUAAGAGCUUUUCUACUAGCCUGGUAUUUAUUUACCUUGUUUUUGUAAUAUAAAUGUUUCAGAACCUAUGUGAAUCUUCAUUUUAGACUUUACAUUACCCAUCUGCAUUUCACCGCAUGCAAUAAUCUGGAAAAUCCAAUAUGAUUCAUAUCAGUUGGGAAGGAUAAGAAUACACUAGAUUUUUUUUAACUAAGUAAGCAGAGUUGAGUGGAGGAAAAAAUAUUAUCCAGUAGAUUGUUUAUACAUCAUACACAUUCUUGAGAAACCAAGCAGAACAUUCCAGUUUUUGAACAAACCUAGCACAGUUUAAAAUAUUUACUGGAAGCAGGGUUAAGUAAACUGAUGGUAUGUAUACAUGCAGCUAAACUAUUUGGGCACAUAUUUAAUAUGAAGGCAAGUAUGUGUGUGUGUGUGCAUGCACGCAUACAUGCACAUACAUCCCUACCUGUUCUCUAUCUAACAAUACAAAGCUGAGCAUAGAGAUGAUAUGAGAUCAGGUCUGAACCUGCUUUUGCAUGCAGGGCUUUGUGAGUGAAGUCUGUUAGGAUUGCACUUUUCCACUUUUUUGUUGGCUACACAUUUUGUUUCCUAGCUUUCUAUGAGACCUUUUCUACUUACCAUUAAAGUCUGUGAAAGCAAAGGGCAAUAAAUGAAGUAAUCACAGUUCUUCAAGGCACUGACAAUUUCUUCGGACACCCUUGUGAUAACCUGCUUUCCUUAUCGAGUUCCUCCUAGGCUAACCCAACUAUUUGAGAGACUGUAAAUAGAAAUCAAAAACAACUUUAUUAAUCCAGAUUUUAGUUAUACAUUUUGACUGGGGUUCUUCAGUGUAUAGGAAUGUGAUCAUGGUAUAAUUUAAUUAUGGAUCUAUAUCACACUGGUUUUAGAAAGUUUGUCAAGACUUCUUGGACUCUCUGGUCUCUAUAGUGACUUGAGACUUGAGUCUUAAAUCAUUGGGUUGCCCAUGGUGUCAGUGCAUGGAUAGUUAUAAAAUCAUGACCAAAAUGUAUUAAAUAUCACUUUAUGUGAUCACUACUGCAAGAAAUACAGAAAAUACUGUUGAAUACAAGAGUGGUUUUUUUUUAUUAUUAUUAUUUGUAUGGUACUCUUUCACUGCAUGUUUUCCACUUGCUAGCUUAGCCAAAUGCUGGAACAGGCGUCCAUGCAAAAUCUGGUAACUUUGAUUUAAGCAUUAAGAACUUUGUUUGGUUACAGAAAAUAUUUCAUUCUUUGUGAAUGAUUAUUUAAUGUGAUGUAAAUUAUUGUGGUAUUGGUAGCAUUUUAAAUGGUACCAUGAGGUUGGUUAGAAUGUUUUUAAUUUUGCAUGACAUAUCCUUUUCUGAAGGCAGAAUAACAUAAUGGUUUUGAUUGUGUUGACUUGAGUGAGAUUCUAGCCUCCUGUGCAAUUAGUGCUUAAUCAACUUGAAAAUGUCUUACUUGUAUUGUAUUACAUUCCAUACCAUACAACCCUGAAUAAACUUCAUUCACAAGCUU